AUUUAGUUUAUAAUUAAUUGUCAAAUGAUAAACAUGUCAUUGAGAUUGUGUAGAUGUAAACACACACACCCUCUUCACGAGUGCAAACUCCUGGACAAUCAGCUGUUUGUCAAACAACAAAUAAAUUAAAAAACAAAUGUCUUUAAGACUGUCAACUCAAUGUUUUGUUGAUUAAUAAUAGUGCAGCUACCAACUGUCAUUGUGUUCAGUCACCAUUUUUGUUUAUUUAUUUUUUGUUUUUCUAUAUGUCAUCAUGACGUUACUUCCGGUUGAGAAAAAAAAAUGGUGACUUAAUUGACAAUUGGCAUAACAGUGUUUAUUUACAAUAAAUAAUAAUAAAUAAAUAAUCUAUAUUAUUUAUGUGUAAAUAGGCCAAAUAAAAUUUCAUUGGUUAUUAAACAACAAAUAUUUCUAUUUCGACCAAUGAAAAUUUACCACAUGAGUUUUCGAUAACAUUUCAAUGUGUUUAUUAAUAAAAAAAAUUUUUUAAUAUCAACAGUGUAAAUUUAUAUUAUAAAUAACAAAACAUUUACUUUAUUUUAAUGAUGAUAAAAAUUUUUAUUUCAAUAUAUUUAUUGAGUAUACAUUGUGAUGAUAAAAAAUGUCACCAAGCAGUGGAAAUGGAUGUAUUUUAUUGCAUAAAAAAAAAUACAUGAAAAAUAAUAAUGAAAGACAAUUAAAUAUAAAAAUUAAUAAUAAUUUAUCUGGAUUAUUAAUAUUGAUACUUUGUGGUAUUAUAUUGGCAUUUUCAUUGUCAUCAUUAUCAACAUAUUUAAAAAUAAAUGACAAUGAUUUAUCAAAUGAAAUUAAUGAUAAACAAGAAAAACGUAAAUUUGCAUUAUUACCAAAAGAAAAUGAUUUAACAAUAAUUGAUGAUAGCACAAUUGGUCUUCCAUUGGAAAUAAAUGAUAAUAAUUAUAAUUUUGAUAAUAAUGAAAAUGAUGAAACAACAGUAUCAGAAGCAAUAACAUCAUUACAACUAGCACUUGAAAUGAAACAUUGUGGUAAACAAAAAAAAGCUAUUAAAUUAUUUCAACAUGCUGUUGCAUUAGCACCACAACAUCCAGAUGUUUUAAAUCAUUAUGGUGAAUUUUUAGAACAUACACAAAAUGAUAUAAUACGUGCUAAUGAAUAUUAUGUACGUGCAUUAACAUAUGAACCAAAUCAUGAAAGUGCUAUGGUUAAUAGACAAAGAACAGCAAGAGUUGUUGAAGAACUUGAUAAACGUAUGUUAAAUAGAAUUGAUGAAAAACGUAAUGCAUUAACAGCAAUACCAGAUAAUAAUGCAGCAUUAAAUCGUGCUAAAAAAGAAGCAUAUUUUCAACAUAUAUAUCAUACUGUUGGUAUUGAAGGUAAUACAAUGAAUCUUGCACAAACAAGAUCAAUUGUUGAAACACGUACUGCUGUUGCUGGUAAAAGUAUUGAUGAACAUAAUGAAAUUAUUGGUCUUGAUGCUGCUUUAAAAUACAUUAAUGCAACAUUAGUUAAUAGAAUUGGAUCAAUAACAUUGAAGGAUAUUAUGGAAAUUCAUAGAAGAGUUUUAGGACAUGUUGAUCCAAUUGAAGGUGGACAUUUAAGAAGAACACAAGUUUAUGUUGGUGGUCAUAUUCCACCAGGACCAGGUGAUAUACAUUUUCUCAUGGAAGAAUUUGCUAGUUGGUUAAAUAGUGAUAGGGCCAUUAGAAUGCAUCCAGUAAGAUAUGCUGCAUUGGCUCAUUAUAAACUUGUUCAUAUACAUCCAUUUUCUGAUGGUAAUGGACGCACAUCAAGACUAUUAAUGAAUGCAAUAUUAAUGCAAGCUGGUUAUCCACCAGUUAUUAUUCAUAAACAACAUCGUCAUAAGUAUUAUGAAUAUUUACAAUUAGCGAAUAGUGGUGAUGUUAGACCAUUUAUUAGAUUUAUUGCUGAAUGUACUGAACAAACAUUGGAUUUAUUUCUUUGGGCAACAACUGAAUUUUCAAAAGAAGUACCAGCUCUUAGUCAAAAUUCAAUUAUCAAAGAUCGUCAUCAUCAUCAUCGAACAAUUGUUUUAGACAUUGAGGGUAGUGGUGAUUUUCUUGAUGAUUAAAAUAACAAUAACAGCUUGAAUAAUAAUUUAGAUAAUGUAUUGACAUAUUUAAUUCAACAAAUGAAGAAUAUUCUUCAGCUAAAAAAAAAAAGUAAAAUUAAUGUACAUAUAGUUAGAAAAAUUUGUAAAUAUAUUUACUAAUAAUUUAUAAAUUUAACUAUGAAUCUUCCUGUUUUAAAAAAUGCUAAUGUAAUUUAUUUACUUGCUGGUCAAGUUGAUAAUUAUAUUAUUGUAAAUUACGUUGAAUAAAAAUCUACCUGAAAAUUAAAGCUGCAUCAAUUUCAUGAGAAAAAAAAUAACUAAAAAUUGUUUUUUUUUUAUCUUUUUUAUUCAAUGUGUUUUAAUUUUUUAUUUAUUUUUUUAAUUUCUUUAUCGUAUUUUUUUGUGAUAAUGAUAUGCUUGGUUACAUCAAGAUCAUCAAUGAGUGUUGCAAAAAAAAAAAAAUAAUUAAAAAAAACACUAACAAUCAUGUGCAAUAUUGUCUAACAAAUUUUACACAAUUUUCACU